CUUUCUUGCGCCGCAUAGACGCCUCCGACUGCGGACACUACUAAUUGCCAGCUGUGAUCCGCCAUCCGAUUUCAUGAUCAUGCGUCCUCCAUAAAUCGCCCAUUCGACAUCGCCGUGCCUUCGAUCGAAUCGUCCCGCAUGGGUGACAUUUCCGCCCCCUGCAAUGGUGUCUCCCGCUCUCUCCCUUCCCCAGCCGAUUCCAACGGGUUGAACAACGAUCGCGAAGACUCGCCUCCUCUCUCGCAUGGUUAUUUGGAUUCCCCGACGAUACGAAUGAUGGAUACAAUAAACGGUGACCCCGUAAAGCGACCGCAGCGGCAGGACAUGGCCGCAGCGCCGGGAUUCAACGUGUCCACAAGUUCAAAAGGGGCUACACGGGGUCGUGAUUGCAUCGCAGAAGAUGAGAAAUCGUUGGAACCGGCCUGGAAAUACCGACCACGUUCAUUGCCGCAUGAAGAUCAGGGUCAAGGCCAUAUGCAGGAGAAACUGGUUAACGGCGCCGGAUGCUAUGCGCCACCGGAGGGAUCUGCAGCCACUCUUGAAAGCCCGACUGCUGGCGAUCAAGACCGGAAGAUUUUAGAUACCGCUUCCAGCAUACAGCAGAAUGGUGUCAUUUCCAGUCCCCACAGUGACUAUCAGCUUAGGUCCCCUAGCCAACGCGCUAUGAACGGUGACCGAAAAGGCGGUCAGUCGUCACUAUCUUCCGACCAGCCAUUGGGGCUUUUUGGACACUCGCAGGACGUCGAUAGCGCUUUGAAUCAGUGGUCCGGAGAAGGCGAAGCGUCGCCUUCUAGGAAUAAUUACGAGUGGGAUCGCGACCGUGUUCCGAAGUUAUCGCCCGCCAAAAUACAUGAGCUUACAUCCUCGCCCCAAUCGAUUCCUUAUCGCACCGCGGAAGAGAAGUCUCGGCGAGUGGUCUCGGAGGGCUCACAACCAGUAGCCACUCCGGAAACUGCAGAGAUGGGCUCAUACACAUUGAACGACAUGAACGGCUCGCCGGAACAUACGCCCAAACUCCGACCAGAUAAAUCCUCAACUGUGGACUUUGUCUCGGGUCUGGUGACGAGGCCUUCUGCUUCGUCUCGGCCUAGACCAGCGGUGCCCCGCGCUGUCUCUACCCCAAAUUCUAUGCGGCGCCAAACAUUACCUUCAAAUGAGCGGCUGGCUCAGACAUGGGCCUCUCGAUCGAAGCAAGAUCGCCCUACUAUCGGGAAAGACCCGGAUGGACGACAUCUCAACCCCUCGGCAAUGAAGGCAGAGCCGGCAAUACCAUCGCCCAUGCCGCCUUCAAUACCACUACCGCCUCUAUCGGUCCCGACAUACUUGCAGCUGGAGCUUGCAUCAGGCCGACCAUCGCCACUGUACAUCCACCGUUCUGCAAUGAGCGAUUUUCCCUACGAGUCAUCUCGCGUCAAGCUAGAGCGACUCAUGAAUUUCUUGAUUCUCCCGCCGGCGUUGGAGCAAGUUCUCUGGUUUGGAAUUUUAGCAUGCUUGGACUCAUGGCUCUAUUCCUUCACUAUACUUCCUUUGCGCUUUAUCAAGGCACUAUAUAUGCUUAUAGAGUCAUGGAUUACUAACCUAGGAGUUGAGCUCCGUUACCUGUCUGGCUUCAUCAUCAAAGGUGUUGGGAGAGUUUGGAGAAGACGGACAAAACAUUCGCCAGAUGGAACGCAAGAGCAGCCCAAUGAAUCUGAGUUGGAGACAAGAGCCCGUGCAACGUCGACCAAGGCUGAGCAGGUCCCGAUCGAGCGAGAUUUCAAACGACCUUCGGAGACACGCAGGCGCCAUCGCAGCGACAUCCAGCACCGACAUCAGCACCGUCGACAGAAAUCCAUCCCGUCCGCAUUGCUCCCGGAUGACAAAGCCGACAUCCUCAAGGGUCUUCUAAUGAUCACCACUUGCGCGGUUCUGAUGUAUUUUGAUGCCAGUCGGAUGUAUCACUGGAUUCGAGGACAGGCCGCGAUUAAACUGUACGUCAUUUACAACGUACUGGAAGUCAGCGACCGGCUCUUUGCCGCCAUUGGUCAAGAUGUGCUGGAGUGCCUUUUCUCGCGUGAGGCAUUGGAACGCCGUCCAGAUGGACGAAGCAAAGUGUUUCGACCUUUCGGGCUUUUCCUGCUGGCUCUUGCGUACACCGUCAUUCAUGCCACGGCACUGUUUUUCCAGGUCAUGACGUUGAAUGUAGCGGUUAACUCUUACUCGAAUGCUCUGAUCACCCUGCUUCUUUCGAACCAAUUCGUUGAGAUUAAAUCAACCGUAUUCAAGAAGUUCGAAAAGGAGAACCUCUUCCAACUGACGUGCGCAGAUGUGGUGGAGCGGUUCCAGCUCUGGCUCAUGCUCACGAUCAUCGCAUCACGGAAUAUCGUGGAGACGGGCGCUUUCAAUUUCUUCGGUACCCUGGGUGCUAGUUUGGGGGGUACGUACGCGUCUACUGCGACUAAUAGCACGCCUCUCUCCACUCCACCGAGGACGGCAACAUCGAUUCUUCCGCAGUCAUUUACCAUCGUUCCAUCGUCGAUCGUCGCAUCAUUCAGCCAUGUCAACUCAUUUCUUCCGACUUUAGCGCAAGUACUGGGCCCAUUCCUAGUUGUUCUCGGGUCAGAGAUGCUGGUUGACUGGCUGAAACACGCCUAUAUCGGCAAGUUCAACAACACGCGUCCCGCCAUCUACGGACGAUUCCUAGAUAUUCUCGCCAAAGAUUACUACACCAAUGCUUUUGGAGACCAGAACCUCACCCGGCGGCUGGGCCUGCCCGUUAUUCCGCUCUCGUGUCUCUUUUUCCGCGUCUCAGUGCAGACAUACCAGAUGUUUCUGGCAGCCCUUCUCCCGCAGCACCCAUCAUCAACCGCCGUAUCGUCCACCUCACUAUCCUCAAUCCACAGCCACUACGCGCCUCUUCCGAUCCCAUCACCUCCACCCCUAAGCAUUCGCACAAUACUACCUAUAUCGGCAGCCCACGCAGGAUCCUUCUUCCGCCAGAUGCUCGCAAACGCCAUGCCCACCCCCGCCCAAGCAGUGUACCUAUUCACCAUCGUCCUUCUCCUCACGGGCUUCGUCCUCCUAUUGAUUUUCAAGCUCCUCCUCGGCAUGGUCCUAUUAGCAUUCGCACGAACCCGCUACAAGGCAAUGAAACACCGCGAGACAGAGCAGUCCUCGUCCUCGUCCUCGUCAUCCUCUGCCCACGCACCUACCGAAAACGGCGGCCCUCCUCGCGGCCGAGAGUUCGCAGUCGAAGGCAGCAAACGAGUUGGCGGAUGGGGAGUCGUGGAAGUAAACGACGACCAACGACGCUGGAUCUACGUCGAUGACCCGGACGGACUUCGACGGUUAAAGACGAAGGAGGAGAAGGAUAAGAAUACGAAAGAGGAAACGAAUAUGGAUCAUGUACAGCGCUACGAGAUGGUUGCGAAACGGAUCUGGUAAUCUAUAUCUAAUACUGCUGCUGUUGCUGCUGUUGUUAGUACUACUUGCUACUUACUACUUGCGGAUUUGCAUAUAUUGUCCGCGAUAGAUGACUUUGUUUUUGUUGGCUUUUGUUCAUUUUCUUUUCUGUAUGAUUUUUUUGUUUGUACUGUUCGAGAUACCAUAAUAUAUAUGUUUUGAU